AUGAUCAAAAAGGUCAAAAUGGAAAGCCUUGGUAAUAGGGUUAAGUACUUGCACUGCUCUCAUGAUUCCGAAGCAAGUUCGAGAAAUCAAGCUUCGCGUAACAGCGACUCCACUCGUUUAUCGCUUACUCACUUCCUCGAUCGCAAACUGCAUAACUCUUCAACAGUCCCUCAAACCGUUCCGGGGAAAUUGACGCCUUUUCAAUCACCGGCCAGUGAGCAAGAUGGAAGCGUCAAACUAACUGAAGAAGAGAGAAAGUCUGCAACUGCUGAUGAGAAGUUGAUUUUGGGAAUGUUCAAGCAAGAGGGCAAAUGUGACUUUGUUCCUCCGUUAGAUCUUGAUGAGUUAGGAAAUUCUGUGGCAGGUGAUGGUCAAGGAGCUAGGAAAAGGAAAAAUCCAUUUGAAGUCUAUUUUACUUGGAAUGGUCAUGAAAAAAGAUUUUAUACUGACAACCAUUUUAACUCCAUUUUGGAAGAUCAAGUAGGCACCAUGUCUCUGAUUUCAUACUAUGUAUGCCGUUCAUUGUCAUAUGCUUCUUUAGGAAACUUCAAUCGGAAGUUUAUCUUGCCGGUUGAAGCACGAGAUUGGAUUGAGACCACUUUUAGAGAGGCAUGGAGAAGAUAUAAGCACAAAAUUAAGAAGAAUCAUUUUUUGAAGUAUUCCAACAUGACCGAGAGACUCAAAAAUCAUCCGCCAAACGUGCCAAUAGCGCAGUUUAAGAGUCUUUGUGCUUAUUGGAGUAAGGAAACUAUACAAGCAAUCAGUGAAAAUAACACUAGAAAUAGAGCUCAACUAAAGUGGAUGCAUCAAAUGGGUCCCAAAAACUUUGCUUUGACUCGUGAAAAAGUGCGUGAAAAGAAAAAAAGAGAGCCCACUCAAUCAGAAAUGUUUGUUGAAACUCGAAAAGGAAAUAAAGGAAAGGAACUGGAUGUAGAAACUGGAAAAGUAAUUUCCCAACUUCAAGAAAUGAGAAAGGCAGAGAUUAAUGCUUUGAAACAAGCCCACAGUGAAGAGGUCUCUACAUUAAGGGACGAGUUUCAAGAUAAGAUUGAUAGAUUGCAAAAUGCUUUUAAGACCGUAAUGCAACAAUGUAAUCCUCAAAUUAAUAUAGAGUCAAUUAAAGAUUUGUUAGGAUUAUCUCAUGGAGAUCCUAAUAGUUCCCCAAAGGAUAUAAGACCGCAAAUGCAUUCAUCUACAUCAACUCAUGCUCCAUGUCAUGGAAAGCAAUGUAUCAAUGAAGAUGUUGAAAAGGACGAUAUAAAUGAUGAAAUUCAAGAGGACGACAUAAAUGAUAAAAUUCAAGAGGACGACCUAAAUGACAAAAUUCAAGAGGACGACGUAGAUGACGAAUUUCAAGAGGACAACAUAGAUCUAGAUGAUGAAUUUCAAGAGGAGGAUAUAGAUGGUGAAUUUCAAGAGGACGACGUAGAUGAAGAAUUUAUGGAGGAUGACAUAUCUAACGAAUUUCAAGAGGACGAUCUGGAUGCUUUACUCCUAGAAGACAAACUUGAAUGA